GAACUCCCCGCCCUCAAACACACCCAUCCACUACAAUUUGGUGAAGUGGCCAAAUUUACGUGCAGUAACACAUUUUCAACGCCCCCCCCCCAAAAAAAAAAAUUUCUUAACCAACAAAUACUCAGUAGUAUCAGAUCAACCAGUCUUACUUGAUUGCUAUUUCAGCGUGUGUGUCGGUGGAGGGUGUCGGCAUUGUCGUCGUCGUCGUCCGCAGCCUCCUGUCUUUCUCCUUCCUUCUAAUGGGAAUGGGUGAGCGAUGCUACCACACCACCAAUCUACUACUACCAUUUCAAUAGGUCUGCGGAUGAAGAUGAAACUUCAGAGGAGGAGGACCUCCCCCACCCCCACUCCCCCAAUUGUAGUUGCUGUCCUGUUUUCCACUACACAAAACCAUAACCGAAAAAUCUAACAUUCUAACAACACACCCGACCAAUCCCUCCUGCCGGAGGCGGUGCUAAUUUUGAUUCUGAUUUUCCCAAGGGUAUUAGAGUAGAGACUCUUUUUCCAAUUUGUUUAAUCAUUCGAUGAUUUAUUACGCCUGCCGGUCAAUUCCCACAACCAACUAACCCCACCACCGCCACCUGUUUCCGCAAUCCGCUUCUGAAUUCCCUUCAAUCUGCUAGUUGUAAUAGUAGGAGGGACUACAGUUGAGUACCCGAUUCAAAUGUGGGAAUGAGGCUGAAUUCUGUUGAUCCGGCUAUUCUUGUUUCUCCUUUCCUGUUACUACAACUAGCAGUGGCAAUCAUCACCGCCGCCGGCAAAUGAAGCUGUCCAUCAUCGGGAUCUCACUUCUGCCACUCUAUUCUCUGGCCACCACCACCAACCAGGUUCGAUGUCUCAUAAUCUACACCACCACACAUUUCCUCAGUUGUGUUGCUGAAGUAGCUGCCUGACCAAAUGUCAAGGACUCUUGCAGCAAUUCUAGGAGGUGCUGCAGGAGCCGUGGCAUUGGUGGGGAUUGUGAUUGUCAUAAUACGGUUGUGCCUUUUUCACAGUAGGAGCAUUUCAAGAACUUCUGAGAAUGGGUCUUCUGAUCCAUCAGAUCAAGAUGGAAGAACUGCUGGGAUCGAAUUGAGUCUGCGAGAUGCGAGACGAUUUGAGAUUGAGGAAUUGUCUCUGGCGACGAAAAGCUUUAGUGAUAAAAGCUUAAUUGGGCAAGGGAAAUUUGGAGAGGUGUUCAAGGGCUUACUUCACGAUGGGAUGCUCGUGGCCAUUAAAAAGCGACCUGGUGCUCCAAGUCAAGAAUUUAUUGAGGAGGUUCGAUAUCUCUCAUCUAUUCAGCACCGCAAUCUUGUCAGCCUUCUGGGUUACUGCCAGGAUAAUGGCCAACAGAUUCUUGUCUACGAAUACAUACCCAAUGGAAGUGUAUCUAUUCAUCUGUAUGGAGCUGGACAUGUUGCACAAGAGAAGCUUGAAUUCAAGCACAGGCUUUCAAUAGCUCUAGGUGCAGCUAAAGGUCUUGCUCACAUCCAUGCCUUGAGUCCUCGUUUGAUACACAAAGACUUCAAAACAUCAAAUGUUCUUGUAGAUGAAAAUUUCAUAGCAAAGGUUGCUGAUGCAGGAUUACGCAAUUUUCUUGGAAGAUUUGAUAUUGCUGGCCCGUCUUCUGAGAUGGCAGCUGAUGAGAUGUUUCUUGCACCAGAGGUUAAAGAGUUUAGACGGUUUUCCGAGAAAAGUGAUGUUUAUAGUUUUGGUGUGUUUCUUCUGGAGUUGGUCAGUGGCCGAGAAGCAUUGGAUCUACUAUCUUCUGACACCAAUCAAAACCUGGUUGAAUGGCUGCAAAACUAUCAGGAAUCUGGCGCAAUAGCUGUCAUCAUUGACCAGAGAUUGGGUAAUAGCUUCACCAAGGAAGGCAUGGAAGAGUUCAUACAGUUGAUAGUCCGUUGUGUCGACCCCUCAAGCGAAAGGCGGCCAGCCAUGAGUUAUGUCGUUCUGGAGCUAGACCGCAUACUUGAAAAAGAAAUGAGUUUGACAACAAUCAUGGUGGGGGAAGGAACCCCAGUCGUGACCCUCGGAAGCCAACUUUUCAGGUCUUCGAAAUAAAACAACUUAAAAUGGGAAUUCAGUUUAUUAUUAUUUUUAUUUUUUUCUUUCCUUCUUGCAGAGAUUUUGAGCGUGCUUUUUUUCUAAUACUUUUCUGGGAAAAUAUCACAGUUAAAUGAAUUCAGCUGCUUGGUAAUUGUAUAAACGACAGCUGUUUAUUUUAUUUUUCCUAUUUUUUGUAUUCUUGUAAUCAAUCAUUUUUUUUUCUUUUAUUCGAAGAAACAAUUAUUUGUUGUUGUUGUUGUUGUGAAUAUUAUUACACUAAAGAUUGAGUUGGAACUUCUUCUCAA